AUGAAUUGCUCUGUUUGUGGAUUAAAUUUUGAAAGGAAAGAUAAAGGAUGUUAGUAAAUGGAAUGUUAACAAUGUAAAUAGAAAUAUCAUCGAUUCUGUUAUGGAUACAAUAAUAUGGAUGGAAUAUGUGAUCCUUGUUAAGAUAUAGCAAAGAAACCAUUAUGUUGUAUCUGUGGAUAGAAAGGUUUAUUGAAAAGACUAUCAGAUUAGAGUGGUGUAUAUGUGCAUAUCUCAUGUGCAAUAUUUGCAUCUCAUAUCUAAGUAAUAAACUAUCAUACAAUGACAUUCGCAACUAAAAGUUAAAUAGAUAAAAAAACAAAGGAAAAAUGUUCAAAUUGUGGGAAAAGUGGAGCUAACAUUUAAUGUUUAGAUUGUUAGGCUUAUGCUCAUCCUCAUUGUAUAUUUGUAGAAUAAGUGGAAAAAGCUUAAGAAGAUAUUGAAACAGAAUAAUGGAUAUUCCAUUUGAAGUUUUAAGCUAAUAAUUAAGAUCCAAAUCAAUUAGAUGUAGAAUCAGGAGAAAUUAAAUCAGAAUUAAAAGAAAUUCAAGAUGCUUUUAACAAUGCUCUUGAUAAAUUUUAAGACAAAUCAAAAAAAAGAGCAAAUCAAACAUAAUAAUACAAGGAACAUGUUAAAAUUACUUUAGAUACUAUCUUUGAUAAUUUUUAAUUACCAUAAUGUAAUCAAUAAUGGUCAUCUUAAAAUAAGAUUGAGAGUUAUUGUUAAGUCCAUAUGGAAAGUCAUCGUCUAUUUUGUAUAUGUCGUAAAUCUUUAAACAAUAAAUAAAUGGUAUAAUGUGAUCAUUGCUAUGAAUGGUAUCAUUUUGGAUGUAUUAAACGUAAAAAUGUUAAAGAUGAUUCUUAUAUCUGUGAAGCAUGUAAAGGUUGGAGUGCUAAAAGAACUAAAAUUGAUUUAGAUGAUCCUAAACUAUUAAAUUUUGAAGAUUUAGUUGUUCCUAAAAGUGUUUAUAUCUUACAUCUUAUAGAUUUAUUACCUCUCUUAUUAUACAUUGAAGCUAUUAUGAAAAGAUUACCAUCUAUUCCUUUAGAUGAAAAUGAUUACAGAAAUAUUAAAUUCUAUAAACUUUUCUUAGCAUCAUUACCUAUUAAACCAUCAACUGUUAUUUAAUUAGAUAAGAUCUUAUUAAAAGAAAAACUAUAAGAAGAAUUAAAAUAAAAAAUGCAAUCUAUCAUACCUACUCAAUUAGAAUUAAGUGAAUCAUUUGCAGAAGAAUUAGUUAAAUCAUUUAAAUUUAAGGGUUAUUAUUUUGAAUUAGGUGAUAACAAACUUAUUAAAUCAUUUGUCUUAUCUAGAAAAGAUAUUAAAGUUUCUAUUUAAAAAGGAAUCUAGGAAGGAUAUCUUAUGGAAGACACUUUUAAAAUUCUUAAUGAAAAUGUCACUGAUAUUCAAAAAAUAUUUAAAUCUCCUAAUGACAAUUUAGUAUAACUUAUUAAUAGAUAUAAAAUUGCUUAAUAAAUUAAAAUUAAUUUAAGAUCUUUAUUUGAAGUAGAAAGAAUGUAAAUUGAAUAUCCAGUCAUUGAUAAUUAACUUGAUCUAACUGUUUACAAAUAAAUGAUUCUUAUUAAAAAUUAAAAAAAUAAGCCAAAUAAAUUAAAACUAUUAGAGUUAAAGAGAAUGGCCAAUCAUAAUAAUGUUACAUUAGGAUGUCUCAAAAUUAUUGAUUAAUUAUUAGAUGAACUUAACACUUUAGAAUAAGAAAAUAUUUAGAAUUCUUUUAAGAAAAUUAUUGAGUUUCCAAUUAAUAGUGAAAUUCUUAUUAAUCAAUUAUAAAUAUAUUUUGAAUAAGAAUUUAUUGAUGAAUUUAAAGUAGAAUUAGAAUUGAAAAUUGAGAGUUCUUGUAGAUUAACUGAAAAAGAAUAUAAUGGAGUAUAUACAUAUGAAAACAUUUAAAAGGCUGCUAAAGAUUCAAUUGUAAUUAGGAGUGUAUAUAAUUAACUAUAAGAAAUUCAUUAAAAAUGUUAAACUUAAAAAAAAAUAAAUAUUUAAUUUUGUCAUGAAAUAUUAGAUUUGAUGUCAAAGUGUUAAUUAACUUCAACAUAUAUUGAAACUCAAAAGAUAAAAUUUAUAAAAUUUAGAGAACUCUAUAAAAAGUUGAAUGAAUCAAUAACAUUAGAAUAAUUGGAAGAAAUCGAGCAUGAAUGUUUUUAACUUGGAUUUGAUAUGGAUGUUGAACAAAGAAGAUAAUAAUUAUUAUAAGCAUAAGAAAUCAUGUAAAAUAUUCAACCAAAUUUAUGUGAUAGUUUAGAGGAAUUUAAAAAAUUAAAGUCACUUGAAUUAGACACUUAUAUAAAGUAAAUAGAGUAAUAAAUUGAUUUUGUAAAGUAAUUAUAUUAUUUGGUGUACAAUUCUUAUGAUUCAUUACCUAAAAUGAUUGAGAGAGUAAAAGAUAUAUCAGAUUUAGAUUUUAAUAAUGAAUUGCUUUACAAAGUUACGAUUCCAGAAAUGGUUUAUGAUGAAAUGAAAUAAGUAGUAAUGAAUUUUAGAUAAAUUAAAUGGAGAUGUGAAUGUUAAUAAAUUUUAGAUUAAUCAAAUUAAAUGAUUAUGUAGGGAUGUAAUAAAAAGUAUAAUAUCAGCUAAAUAAUUCAUUUAUUGAAUGCAGAUGCCUAGAUAUAAGAUCCAUUUUAUUAGUAGUAACUUUUAAAGAUAAAAAAAGAAUAUGAGAGUUGGAUAAUCAAUCUAUAAUAAUUUGAGAAUUAAUUGGCUGGUUAAGUAGCUCCUCAUUUUAAUUAGCUUAUAAAAUUGAUAAAUAAGAAUCAAUAUUAAGAUAAUAAUCUACAAAGUAAAUUAUGGUAAUAUUAUAUUUAAAUGCUUUGGAUGCAAAAAGCUGAAGAAUUCAUAUAAGCCAAAGCUAAUCCUUAAGCAUAUAAGACUUUAAUAUUAUGUGCCACAUCUGCUAACAUAGAUUCUAACAAUGUUUUAUUGCUAAAAUUAAAGGAACAUCUUUUUAUAAUGGAUGAUUUAAAUAGAAAAUUAAAAGAAUAUUAAGAAUAGAGAUUCCUAUGGGUAAAGAGUAGAGAAUAGAUCAAUAACUUAUAGUCUUAUAAAUCCUACUAUAAGUAUUUGGAGAAUAAACCGGAUGCAGAGUAGAUCAAUUAAAUUUACAUUUAAGCAAAAGAGUAUCCUAUAUUCAAAGUAAAAGAUUUAGCUGAAGAUUUACAAGAAGUAAGAUAAGUAUUAUAAUAAUAUAAUGAUUUGGUUUAAAAACAACCAGAUAAUAGUUUAUAUAUACAAUAAUUAUAAAAGAUAAGAACUUAUUAUUGUUGUUGUUUUUUAAAAGUUAAGAAUUUUUGUGUUUAAUUGAUGUACAAUAUGAUAAAGUAAUAAUCUUUAAAAUGUCUUAAAUAAUUGAAUCCCACAGAGUAGAUUUUGUAAAGACUUGAAGAAAUUAAUCUUUUGAUUGCUUUAGGUGGAGAAGAGUGGUUUUAAAAAUUGAGUCUAACGUAUAGAGGAAAAUAAGAUAGUACAAAUAGUACAGAUUUCAAAUUUAUUGAUUGUGUAAAAAAUUCAUUUUUAUAAUUUAUAGAGUUUAUAAGAUGAUUUUGAAUGGAUUAGAUGGAUGGAAGAGAGUAGUUAAAAUAUAAAUGAUAGUUUUGGUAUUGAAACAAAAAAGUAAUAGAAAGAACAAAAAAUAAAGAAGAAAAAACAAUAAAAUUAAAAAGUAUUAGAAGGUAUCACUGAAGAUAUGAGACAAACUUAAAGACUUGAUCUUUAGGUUUAAUUUAAAAAAAGUUCGAAUUGGAAAUAAGUUACUGAGCAAUAAAUACGUAAUUUGGAAGCUUAAGUUUUUAUGGAAUAAAGUUUUGAUAAAGAAAAGUAUUUAAAAGAAAUUGAAAAGAUUAAAACUGUAAUAAAAUAAAAUAAAUUAUUAGAGUAAAUAUUAAAUUAUAUUAUUUUUAGACUUAAUUAUGAAGAAAUGAAGAAAGCUUAUAAACAAUAUUUAUUACAAAAGAAAUCAAAUAAUUAGUAAACAAAUAAUAAAUAAGCAUUAUAAUUAGAAAGUAUAAAAGUAAUAAAGAAAUAAUAAUAAUAAUAAUAAUAAGCAUAAGUUCCAUAAAUUUUAAGUGCUUAAAAACUAAUAUCUUAGCAUUCAGUUAAAAGUGAACCAGAAGUUGAAAAGAAAGUAAAACCUGAAACUCCUAAAUAACCUACUAUUCAACCAAUUUAAAUUACAAAUGAUGUUUUAUUAUAUAAUCCAGAUGGAUAGGUAGAAACAUCUUCUAAGAGAUUGAAAAAUUAAUUAAUGAGUUUAGGAGAAAUCAAUUUGUAAAUAAAGAAGAAAGUGAAUGAGUCAAGAGAAUCAUUUCUAAUUAAACCAUAACUAUUGACUUAUGAACAUCAUAUGGCAUAACAUUUUCCUAAAACUGAAAAUAUUACUGUUACUUGUGAAACAUUCUCACCUGUUAAAGAUGUAAUGGAGUAUUUUACAUAAAGAAAAACUGGUUAAUUUAGAAUGAUGAUUGGUUGGUUAUAUUCAAAAGAUCUAAAUGUUGCUGGAGAUUUAUUUAAAUUAGCUGAUAAAUUAAAAUAGUCUAAAUAAUGUGUUGGUACUAAAUAAGGUGAUGUUGGAUUCACAUUAAUUUAUUAUGAUUACUUAAAUAAACUUAAACCUACAACUAAAUGGAUUAUAAUGAAAGAAGAAUUAGAGUAAUAUAAUUAUUAUAUUCUAUAGCAAUCAAUUAAUCAUGGAUAGUCUAACUAAAUAUCAUAACUUAGAAAAAUUUAAACCUCAUCUAUGUUUUGUUUAUUAUGUUAAGGAUAUAAAAGAAUGUAACAAUACAAUCUUACCUCAACCUAUUUAAUAUAUCAAUGUUUUGAAACAAAUACAAUUCAAAAGAGUCAUUGAAAAUCAUAAACUGCAAUAGAAGAAAUAGUAACCAUAAUAGAAUCCAAACAAGAAGAAAGAAUUAGAGCCUAUAUCUGAUGAAGAAAAUAACAAUGGAUUCUAACAAAAAUAAGAUGUUCAUUCUAUGCUUAUGGAAAUCCCUGGUAUCCUCAGUUUGUUAAAUUAAUGAUCAAUAAUUCAUAUAUAUAAGCAAAGGGCU